AUAGAAAAACAUUAAACAAUGACGUCUCUAUUCAUAUUACUGACCAUGUUUAUUCGCUUCAGACGUUGGCUAUGUUUGUUUUGAUUCCCAAUGCGUAGGCGUAACCAAGGAGAGAACAGUUGAACGUAGCUUAACAGUGAUGAGUUUUGCAAAUUAAUCGAAACGAGUGGAGUUUUGUUUAUGUCUCGUGCUGGUGGGCCGUUGUCGCUAGUUGUUUGUGCGUGGGCUAGGUGUAGGUUAAAGUAUAUACUGCAAUAACAUAUUCAAUGGUGCGAAACUUCAGCAAGUGCUUCACAACAGACGCAGACGUGUAGAAAAUGUGCCUGGGAACACGAACCGACUCCAAGAACUUGAUGCCCGAGAAUUCCGAUCGUCGGCCGAUGUGCCACUUUCUAGUAUUGCUAUGAAGGAAGAACCUCUGAACUCUUUCUCGCCGGUUGACGAGGAGCCCGAUUGCUUCACAGCUGCAAAAGAACGUAACAAGUGUGCUGCUAAAUUUCCAGUCUCGGAAGCGACAGAAACUCAGGAACCUGAAUCAGCAGAUACAGCAGUGGGCAAUGCAAGGUUUAUCCCUCAAGGCCAGGUUGGUUGUACUACUGGCAAGUGUGCCACCAUACACACCAGAACUGACGAGAUACAGUGUAGUGACAGCAAUGGCAGUGGCAGCUGGAAAGAAUGUGACAGGAAUGAAAGGAAUACACACGUACUCUCAGGACAGGUAGUGGACUCGGAGAGGCAGAAUACCCAUAAAGACAGCUAUACCACUACAAGUACUGUGUUAAGUGACGGAUUCUGCAAGGACGCCUCUGAUGCAAAUUCGAACUGCUACCAGGUAAAUGACAGUUGCGAGAGGCUGUCCGCCUCGAAGAAUGGCAGUGUCGCUGGGCAGCCAUCGCUUUCGCCUGGCGAACGGGACGUCUUCACAUGCGACAUCUGCCGGGAAGUGUUUGUCGACAAGAGGAUCUUGAGGACCCACGUGCAACAGCACCUGCUGAAAUGCGACAUCUGCCACAAGACCUGCCGCGAUGCCAACGGCCUCGAGGUGCACUACCGAACACACACAGGCGAGCGACCCUACUGCUGUGACACCUGCGGCCAGACGUUCUCGUGCAGCGAUCAGCUGAGGCUGCACUCACUGCAGCACACGAUGAGCAUCCCUACCGCUGCGAUACCUGCGGUAAAACAUUCUUGCGCAGCGAUAACCUCAGGCAGCACACACUGCAGCACACGGGCGAGCAGCCCUACUGCUGCGAUAUGUGCUGCAAGGUGUUCUCGCGCAGCAGUAAUCUGAGCCAGCACUCGCUGCAGCACACGGGUGAGCGGCCUCACGAGUGCGGCGUCUGCCACAAGAGGUUCACCAACAGCAGCAACCUGGCCGUACUGCUGCGACACCUGCGGAAAAUCGUUUACGCGAAGUAGAAGUGUGAAAGUACACCACCACCCGCACACGGGUGAGUGGCUGUACGCCUGCAACGCGUGUGGCAAGGCGUUCGUCUGUGGCGAUACCGCGCAAAAACCUGGGCAGGUCCAAAUGCGAGAGGAGUCCUGAAACUACACUGUCUUCGAGAAGCGCUUUGCACGGAGGACGAGUCUGAAUCGGUAUUCGUGCCUCCGUACUAUCAGAAACACCAACAGAGAUUCCAGAAUGAGAGUUUCACUCUGCAGUGGAGGGUGCGCCGAUAUUAAACUUCCUGCCAAAUUAAAACUGUGUGCCGGACCGAGACUCGGAACUCGGGACCUUUGCAUUUCGCAGGCAAGUGCCCUACCAAAUGAGCUAUCCGAGCAUGACUCGUGUCCCGUCCCCACAGCUUUACUUCUACCAGUAACCUCGUCUCCUACCUUCCUACGCCACGGGGCGUGAGUCGUGCUUGGGUAGCACAGUGGUAGAGCACUUGCCUGCGAAAUGCAAAGGUCCCGAGUUUGAGUCUUGGUCUGGCACACAGUUUUAAUCUGCCAGGAAGUUUCACCACCAGAGCUAUCAUACCGACAGAGUGAAGAUGAGUUUUAUAAACUUGCCAUGCAUCUUACAAUUUCACACUGAAACAUCCCCAUUCUAGUUAUUACUGUUGUAAGAGGUAUUCCAUUAUAAAGUCAAAUUGCACAAAAUUAAUUAUUUCCAGCAGCUUCAGGUAGAAUGUGAAUUUUUUUUAGAACGUAAUGUGUCACAUUUUUAUCAAAAGUACGUAACUUGUAUGGUUCAAAUGGCUCUGAGCACUAUGGGACUUUAACUGCUGAGGUCAUCAGUCCGCUAGAACUUAGAACUACUUAAACCUAACUAACCUAAGGACAGCACACACAUGCUUUCCGAGGCAGGAUUCGAACCUGCAACCGUAGCGGUCGUGCGGUUCCAAACUGUAGUGCCUAGAACUGCUCGGCCACUCCGGCCGGCUACCUUGUAUGUUCAGUCCUCUUAUAAUAUUAGUGGUCUCAUCUGCAUGCUACUGAAAACAAAAGUAAAGAGUACUGUCUAUUUUGAGUAUUACAGCAUCUACUUUUGUGUUGUAUAACUGGAUAAUUGUUAAAUAAAUCUCAAGUAGCACUUUAAAAUUCA